UGCAUUCUCAUAUUUUAUCUGCAAAUUUCACAAUUGUCCACUACAGAUUCUGGCAGACUGGAAACAGAAAUUUGAGGAAUGUCAGGCUGAACUGGAAGCAGCUCAAAAGGAGUCUCGCAGUCUCAGUACCGAGGUCUUCAAGAUGAAGAACGCAUAUGAGGAAGCUCUGGAUCAACUUGAAACUCUUAAACGAGAGAACAAGAACCUGCAGCAGGAGAUCUCUGACCUGACUGAGCAUCUAGCUGAAAGCAGCAAAGCCCUCCAUGAAGUAGAAAAGGCAAAGAAGACAGCUGAACAGGAGAAGAGUGAAAUUCAGUCAGCUCUGGAGGAAGCAGAG